GAACAUAGAGACACGCUUUCACUUUCUCAGAAACAGUUACGCGAAGAAGAUGAAACGACAAAGAAACCUUUAAAGUUCUCAUAUCUUUAAAUCCCGGAUCUACCCACCCUUUCCGAAACCUCCGGUUCCCGAUCGGUGAUGUAUUGAAGCGGGAGAGAUGUUGUGCUGGAGCAGUUUGGUUAAGCGGAAGGAGAAAUCCGGUUCUUUUCCGGUUUACCUGAAUGUCUAUGAUCUAACUCCUAUGAAUGCUUAUGGUUACUGGCUCGGACUUGGCGUCUUUCAUUCUGGUGUUGAAGUUCAUGGAGUUGAAUAUGCAUUUGGAGCACAUGAAUCUCCAAGCACAGGUAUUUUUGAAGUAGAGCCAAAGAAGUGUCCUGGUUUCACCUUCAGGAAAUCUAUUCUCGUAGGGAAAACAGACACGGUUGCGAAAGAUGUCAGAGUAUAUUUGGAGAAACUAGCAGAAGAGUAUCGAGGAAACAAGUACAAUCUCAUCUCAAGAAACUGCAACCAUUUUUGCAAUGAAGUUUGUGUUAAACUUACUCAGAAACCAAUCCCUAGAUGGGUGAACCGACUAGCUCGCUUAGGGGUUCUCUGUAACUGCGUGUUACCACCACGCUUAAACGAGUCAAAAGUGAGACGAGUAGUAAAAGAAGAGCUUUCAGAAGCAGAGAAGAAGAAAAAAAUGAGUAAACGAUCACGAUCAGGUCCUUUACUUUCUACCUCGUCGUCUUCUUCGACACCUGAUGAUAAUCAUAGUUCACACAUUCGAGCAAAAUCAACUGGUAACCAUUCUGCUUCUUCUUUGGGUUCUAAGAAAGGUCAAAGACACUGUGCGUUAACUGCACCUCAAGCUCAAGACAAGAAGUCACCAAGCGUAAGCGUCAAGACUUGA